UGAACCGUAAUCGUACCGUGAACAACACGCCUACAGGAGUCACUUCCCGAUUGUCUUUACAGCCCUCAAGUCUUCUCUUUUCGGAAAUCUGGAAGGAUCAUGAUUCGGUAUGCACUACUGAUGCUUGUGCUCGCACUUGUCGGAAGCGUGAAUACUGUUUCGGCAGCUACGGACGCUAACAGGAUCAAUGUCGCUCGUGAACUACCAUCCAGCCCAGGCCAACUGGCUCUCAUCCCCCCUCAAGACUCCGCCGGCCAGGAGACUAAAAGGUUCCUUCGCCAAGAAACGAAGACCACCGCGGAAGAAGUUGUGAAUAAUGACUCUACGGAAGAGCGAGGGUUUAUCGGUACGCCCUUGAAGAAUGCUCUGUAUAAGAUUCUUGCAGCAUUUGGCGUUAGGCCGCAAACGGUCUCCGUGCAACUGGGUGUACGCACUGGCAGAGCUAAUGCUUUGUACAACCGGUUUUACCACAGCUACAAUAGGUGGUAUGCUACGCACGGACCCAGGCCUUACAUGUACUAAAAUGGAAAGCGAAUGGGAAUGGAAGUUUGCAUUUCUGAGUCGGCCAAUUCGUGUUCCUACCUCCGUGCUAACUCUCGUCGAAGCAUACAUGCAAAAUGCUUGUAGCAGCGUCAACAGCCACGAUGGUAAGCAUUACCAGUACAGGGGUUGGCACAACUUUUACUUGACCGAGACGGGCUGCGGAUUUGGUGUGUAGACCAUUCCUUUAGUUGAUGGUAAACGAAAGUAGUGCGGGGCGAAUCUACAGAAGCGAGAAGUCCGUUCGACCAGUGCCACAACGACGUUCAUUUCGGGUCCAGUGGAUAAACAGCGGACCCAGUGAAUGAGCUGGAAUGGCCAGUGUUAAGAGCGUUAGAUAACCUGAGAAAAAAAUCAUUACUUGAAGAGUAC